AUGGCUGACGGCAAGGAACACCUCUCGCUCGUUAUCUGCGGCCACGUCGACUCUGGCAAGUCGACGACCACGGGUCGCCUGCUGUUCGAGCUCGGCGGUAUCCCCGAGCGUGAGCUCGAGAAGCUGAAGGCCGAGGCCGACCGCCUGGGCAAGUCUUCGUUCGCCUUCGCCUUCUACAUGGACAGGCAGAAGGAGGAGCGCGAGCGCGGUGUGACGAUCUCGUGCACGACGAAGGAGUUCUUCACUGACAAGUGGCACUACACCAUCAUCGACGCCCCGGGCCACCGCGACUUCAUCAAGAACAUGAUUUCCGGCGCCGCCCAGGCCGACGUGGCCGUGCUCAUGGUCCCCGCGGACGGCAACUUCACCACGGCGAUCCAGAAGGGCGACCACAAGGCCGGCGAGGUGCAGGGCCAGACCCGCCAGCACGCGCGCCUGCUCAACCUGCUCGGCGUGAAGCAGCUCAUCGUGGGCGUGAACAAGAUGGACUGCGACACGGCCGGCUACAAGGAGGAGCGCUACAACGAGAUCCGCGACGAGAUGCGCCUGAUGCUCAAGCGCGUGGGCUGGAAGCCCGACUUCGUGGAGAAGCAGGUGCCCGUCAUCCCCAUCUCGGGCUGGAUGGGCGACAACCUGAUCAAGCAGUCGGAGAAGAUGGGCUGGUGGAAGGGCGUCGACGUGACGAACCCCAAGGGCGAGGCGAUGAAGAUCGUCACCCUGCAGCAGGCCCUCAACGACUUCGCCGGCAUGCCCGACCGCAAGCCGGACGCGCCGAUGCGCCUGCCCAUCUCGGGCCUGUACAAGAUCAAGGGCGUGGGCGACGUGCUCGCGGGCCGCGUCGAGCAGGGCACCGUCGAGGUGGGCAAGGAGGUGAUUUUCCUGCCGACGCACACGGCGGCGAACGCGUGCCAGGGCAAGGUGUUCACGAUCGAGAUGCACCACAAGUCGGUGCCCAAGGCGGUGACCGGCGACAACGUGGGCAUGAACAUCAAGGGCCUGGACAAGGGCAACAUGCCGCGCGUGGGCGACGUGAUGAUCUACAAGGACGACAAGGGCCUGUCGCACAUCAAGUCGUUCACCGCGCAGGUGCAGACGCUCGACAUCCCCGGCGAGAUCAAGAAGGGCUACUCGCCCAUCGGCUUCGUGCGCUGCGGCCGCUCGGCGUGCAAGAUCACCGAGCUGCAGUGGAAGAUCGGCAAGGAGACGGGCGGCAAGAAGAUGGAGGACCCGCACUCGCUCAAGUCGAACGAGGCCGCGCAGGUCAAGUUCGAGCCCAUGCAGCCCCUCAUCUGCGACACGUUCAAGAACUGCGAGGGCCUCUCCCGCGUGGCCUUCCUCGACGGCAACUCGGCCGUCAUGCUCGGCAAGAUCGUCGCCGUCGAGAACAAGUAA